AUGCUCGAGAUCAAGUCCGCCGUCCAGCACAGCUUGCCGGGACACGGACAUCAGCCCUUCACGGGUCGAGCGCCAUGGUCGGCGCACUGUGACGUCAUGAAGCUCGAAGAUUUUGUAGGCCAGUCGUGGGCACUUCAGGGGCUAUUCGAGGGGGACACUGGCAGGCUCCUUCUCGCAAGCCGGGGCCUGACCGAUGCCGUCCUGGCAGAAGUCGAAGGCAAUGCGCAUCAGGCCGUCACACUCUUCGAUCUAGUUCCCUCCCUGACUCGUGCCCAGUUUCGUCACCAUGCGAAGCAGCUCACGGCCCACAAGUGCAAUCUAGCGACCUUCUGUUCAAUGCUCUGCAAACCAAACGGGCACUCAGGAGGCAUUACUCCAGGCCGGGAGCAUUCCCCGAAGGGAAAACCACGACAUGGCAGCCUUUCAACAGGAAAGGGCCCUCUUGGGUCUCAGAACCGGUUGCACGUUUGCAGCGGAAACUCCAGUCCGGUUAGCGGCUCUGCACAUUUUAAGAACAUGGCAACCUCAGCCAGCGUGGAUGGAAAGAGCUGUAGUGUUGGGGAGCAUGACGGAAGAGAGGAAUCGCACUGUCAGCUAACGGAGGAAAAGCUGCGGAGAGGGGCAGGAGGGGCCCCUGGGCUGUGCGUCCAGGUUGAGCUUCAGCGAGUUGCCGCGGCCACGCCGGGGGGGAUCCAUUCUGCGGUCGUUACCAAUGGGAGGAGUUUGAUAAAGGGAGAGGUGGCGAGCCCUGACGGAUCAACCGCGGUGCUUGCGACCUUCUGCCAUGUGCCUGAGUUGCAAGAAGCGAUCCAAUCGCUGUCCAGAUUGAAGCGCGCAGUCCAGACAACCAGCUUUUCGCUGCCGCCUCGGACGAAGAUGCCGGUAGGCUGCUCUCCGUUUCGGCCAGCUUUUCAACAGCAAGAUUGA